AUGCAGUUCUCCAUUCUCGCCAUCCUCAGCUUCGCCGCCCUGGCCACUGCCGGUACCGUCGCCCCGCGCUCCAACGACGCAGGUGUUGCCGGUGAGCGACGACACUUUUUCCACCACUCGGGCUCCGAUGUGAACCAAUUCAACCCUGAUGGUUACAUGUGGUUGUCAUAUUCGGCUUGCGUGGCUGGCUGCGUCGAUGAGGACGGCCACAAGGGAUCGUGCACCAAAGAUGACAGCGAUGAUGGCGGCUGGGUGUGCAACUUGUAG